UAAACCCGGUCAACAUUUAACGAACACAACUGUCUGUCAAAUAUAGGUGACACGCCCACAAACAGCCGAUUUUGGGGACGCGGCGCGGCGACAGGCGGCAGUCGCCGCGUAUAGUGUGGCUUCAGCAUCAUUAUGGGAAUGCUGUUAGUUACAGCUCCCUGAAGCUAGUGUCAAAAUUUUUUUAUUUUUUUCAUUAUGUGUUUUGCGACGAUACAGGUAAUCGAUGUCCACUGAUCCGUAAGUAUUUCAGCAAAUAUUUCUUUGUGGUGAAAGUUCACGUUUGCCGUCGUGGCGAAGAAGGAUAAUGAGGAUAAAAUGCCCACUGCUUAAGUUAGCUUGUUGAAGUUAAGUUGUCAUUGACAAUAACUCAGCUGGAACGGUUAUUAGUUGAAAUGUUAGCCACCUUUAUUUUAUUUUAAAGCAAAAUGAUGUGAAGAAAUGUUAUGUAUUUAGAAUGUCUGCUAAGUGGCUAUAAAUAUUUACUUUUCCAUACGUUGGAUUUUUGGAUGUAAAUACAAAAGCUAUUGUAGCUCAUUCAUUAAGCAUUGUGACGAAGCAUACAGAUUGUUAUCUGCCAAGUAUCUGAGACCUCCUCUGAGUGAGUAAUAGAGAAUAGCGUACAUUAAAAGCUGAUUAAUUGAUUAAAUCAGCUGAAUUGGUAAGGUCCAUCGGUACGAUGCUUAUGUUACUCAUUGCAAAGAUGCAGCGGUAUGAUGAACAGUGCGGCGAGCGGAAUAAUGCGCGUGCUGUGCAUCACUGCGCUGCAGGAGAGCUGAACGGGGGUAGUGGCCGCGUUCUCAGUCUGAGUGCUGCCGGACAAGAUUGGACUCAUCAGGAGGAAGAGCUGCACGUGGAGGAUGAAGGAUUUGAAGAUGUGGAGGACCAGAAGGACCCAACGGCCCAUCAUCCUGCAGCACCAUCGGCAGUUCCGUCCAGUCAGUCAGUGCCCCGAUUACAGAAGGCUCCGCCCAGCCCGUCUAUCCUAACAGUGGCCUUCCUGGUGAUGGGGGUGCUGUUGUUCCUGCUGCUGGCAGUGCUGGGUGUUCUGCUGUGCUGGAGCAGAACACUGAGGAGAGCCCCUCUGCACGGAGCCGUCUACGCCGACGAGGAGAUGUACUACGAACUGGCUAGAGGGGGAACCUACAGGCCCCCCCGGUGGGCCCUGUCUGAGUGGGACCACGUCCCUCUGCACGAAGCCGUCUAUGAGGAGAUCGAGUACAAACUGGCUAGAAGGGGAACCUACAGUGCCCCCCGGUGGGACCCAGAGGAGAUUUAUGAUGAUGUUGUGACUCUGGACUGCAUUCAAGUGGGUGAGUCUGUACAAAGUGAAUCACUCUGUAUAACCUGAAUAACUACAAGCUUUUAUGGUUUAAUAAAAAUUAAUCAAUCCAUCCCAUUAUAUUUAACAUACCGGUUCUUGGAAGACAUUUUCCCAGAUUGCUUCAUGGGCAAUUAUGAGAAUAUGCACAUUCCAUUCCACCUGCAAACUUUUCUGAGAGUGGAUAUUUUAGUGUAGACAUGACCCUAUGAAAAUAUUUUGAAUGAGACUUUUUCUUUCAAUAUAGAAUUACAAGAUCACAGCAGGUAUUUGCUGAAAAAUGAGCCUUUCCCUGACUGUGUCUGUCUCCUGAUCCAUCCCUGUAGGGGAGA